CUUGCAGACGACUGUAUAGGUGCUUGAAACACGUGCAGCGAUCUCACGAGUAUUUGUUAAAAAUUUAUAACGUGGCCGACUGUUUUUCGUUUUAACUCUUUGUAACUGCAUUAGCAACAUGGCACUGAAAAGACGGAAAGUUAAAGAUUCUGAAGAGACUCCAGCAAAGAAGAAGGCAACAUUCAAAAGAGCUAAAAAAGUUGUCGAGAAAAAGGAGGUUAUUCACAGGGAUGACGAUUUUGACGAUGAAGAAGAAAACGGCUUUGAUGAUAGUGAAGACGGCUUUGAUGACAUGGAAGAAAUUCCAUUAGAUAUUUCCCAUGCAACACCAAUUGCCAAGAAAACAAGUGAAUUGAAAACAAAGCCUCUGACAAAAACUGAAACAGAAAAAGUUAAUCAGGGAGAUGCCUCCAAGAUUAAAGCAAAAAAAAUUUUACAGAAGCCCCCUACAUCUCAAGAAAUGAAUGCCUUGCGAGAAACAGAGAAUCUUUUUCACUCCAACAUAUUUAAACUACAGGUUGAGGAAAUGCUGACAGAAAUUUCAAUGAAAAGUAAACGGAAAAAGCAGAUUGAAGACUGGAUUGUGGAAUUUGAAGAAGUUGUGAACAAAAUACCUGAAAGUGGAAGUCAUUCAAUUUCUGACACAGCUUGGCUUAACAAACUAAAAGUCAAGUGUCCAUUCGGUUCGGAUUGUUAUGACUCAUCAAAGACAUUCCAGUAUUUGAAACCGAAAAAGCUUGCCCCAAUAGGUUCUUGGGCUAUUGGUUUAACCGGCAAAGGAAUAUCCGUUGAUAUUCUUGUUGAAAUUCCUCAGGAGUCGUUAGAGCGGGAUGAUUAUCUGAACUACACGUACCAUCGCAAAAGAGCUCUUUACCUUUCAUACGUGGCUGCCCACUUGCAGAAAGCGUCAACUUUGGUUCAAGAAAUUCAGUUUGAAACAUUUUCUGGAGAUCUUUCGCGACCUAUCCUUCGCAUUGAACCUACAGGAAAACUCAACCAACGUGUAUUCUUCCGCAUUUUUGCUUCGGCGCCUGCCGAUCUGGUAGCAGUAGAAAAACUUCUUCCAGAUCGAAAUUGUAUUCCAGGAACUGGCGUAAAAAAAUCUGACAGCAAACCAACCCCUUUGUACAACGCCAGUGUACUUUCUGACAUGCGUAUGUCCAAGAUCAAUCAGCAUGCCAAAGAAGUGUUGUCGUCAAAGAAGAAUAUUCUGGAUGCAUGUCUUCUUUUACGGGUGUGGCUUCGACAUCGACAGCUUGAAGAGACCACUAGCAUGUUCCUUCUGACCCAAUUUGUUGUCUACUUGAUCGAGACGAAGAAACUCUUCCCCAACAUGAGCGUUUAUCAAGUUGUUCGAACUAUUUGGCUCCAGCUUUCCCGCUCAAACUGGUCUAAAGAGGGAAUUACUUUACGUCCGCAAUCGGGCACGCCUCCCUUAUCAGUGGCUGAUGCUCACGCCUCAUUCCCGGUUAUUUUUCUCGACGUAACCAGCACGUUGAACCUCUGCGCUCAUCUAUCCCAAGCAGCUUAUGACUGGCUAAGAUGGGAAUGCACUCUGGCCGUAGGAUUGCUUAACAAGAAGGGAAUCAACAGCUUCGCCGCCCUAUUCAUCACGCCGAAGCCUUUUUUAUUGACGUUUGAUAACGUUGUCAUCAUCGACAAUAUCCGCGCAAAGGUUCAAAAAGACAAACGACAGUUGUAUUGGCCUGUUGAAGCAGCUGGAAAAAUUCAUGAAUGUCUCGUGAAAGGAUUAGACGAAAGACUGAAAUUAACAGCAUGCAAAACUUUGCCAAUUGCUUCGUGGUCGGUUGGCGUAGAGCCACCAAAGAACUCCUGGAAGUUGGCAUUUGGUCUUUGCUUUAAUUCUCCAGCUGCGUGGGAAGUGUUGAACAAAGGCCCGGCAGCUAAUACUCCAGAAUCCGCCGAAUUUCGUGCCUUCUGGGGAGAAAAGUCAGAACUUAGAAGAUUUCAAGAUGGUUUCAUUUGCGAAGCAGUGCACUGGCCAGCCAAGAAUUGGGCAGAACGACGUCUUAUCUGUCGCCAAAUUGUCUCGUACUUGUUAGAGAAACGUCUCAACUUGGCCAAUAACUACGUCUACGUUGCCGAUCAAUUGGAAUCUGCCAUUUCUAUUCCAAAACUUCAAGAUCCAGCGGCGUAUGGAACUGGUGAGGAAUCAACCAUGGCUGCUCUUGAAGCUCUAGAUGAAAUGACGAAGAAUCUACGAGCAUUGGAAGACUUGCCUUUGUCAAUAGCACAAGUGCAAGGAGUGUCUUCUACUUUUAGACACGCAGAGCCGUUCCCACCUCUACCGGAAACUCCACAGGGGAAAAUAGCCCUUUUUGGCCGCAGCGGAUAUAAUUUGCUCCCAAGCGCUGAUGCAACUCCAAUAUAUCUACCCUCUUUAUCGGUCCUGUUGACGUUGCAAACCAGUGGCAAGUGGCCGGAUGAUCUGGAAGCUGUCCGACGUAUUAAAGCGGCUUUCUACAUCCAACUGGCUGAAAAGCUGACUGCCAUUUUCGACCUUGUUGCUCGAGCAUUCAUUGAUCACGUUAUUGUCGAACGUAAAGGCUAUAUUUUCAAGUUGGUCAUCGCAUAUCAUCGCGAUGUGGCAUUGUUGAAGCGGUUGGUCGAACCCAACGGCAUUGUCAAGUACCGUGACAACCCCGAGUCGUUACUUUUGCAGAGGGAUCAAGAGAUUACUCCAAAGCUGGCGACGGCUCUUCGUGCUCUGCAGGCGGAGCAGCCAUCCUACAGUGCGGCGGUGCGCUUGGCCAAGCGCUGGAUCGCUUCACACAUGCUUUUGGAAUACCUGGAAGAAGAGGCUGUCGAGAUGAUUGUGGCCAGCCUCUUUAUUGAUUCUACCAUGUAUGGAGUACCGUCCGCAAAAGAAGUUGGCGCUCAAUCAUCGCCCAGUGACGCCGUCGACUGGGUAGGCCCACUAUCUCCUCAAGUCGCCUUCUUCCGCUUCCUUCAGUUGGUGGCGUGUUAUGACUGGAGCAGCCAGCCACUUAUAAUCAACUUCAACAAUGACCUCACACCAGAAGAGAUAAGAGACAUUGAAACAUCCGUCGCAGCUCAGCGAAGUCAGUUGAAAUCACCUUUGGUCCUAGUGACACCGUACGAUCCAUCCGGCGUUGCCUUCACCCGUAGUACACCACCGCUGCCCGUCUGGUCGCGUCUGAUGAUCUUAGCCCGGGAGUCGCUCAAAUUGUUGGAGCAGCAGCUGAUGACAGUUGACGCUAAAACGGUUGACGUGCUCCAGGCAUUCCGCCCGCCCUUGGAUGCCUACAACUGCAUUAUCCACCUGAACAAAGGCGCUAUCGCUCGUCGUCUGCACACACUCGACGGCCCAUCCGACAAGAAGGUGAAGCUUCACGAACAACGGCCGCGAAAAACGUUAUCCAUCUACGACUACGAGCCUGUCGAUCGACUGUUGAGUGAAUUACGAGCGGCCUACGCCGACAAGGCCCGCUUCUUUUAUGACAAGUACGGCGGAUUGCUGAUCGGCGUCAUGUGGAUCGACAAGGCCUGGAGCACGCCGUCCGAAUUCAAAGUCUCCCACGUCAACGGUUCUAUGUUGGUGGCGCCUUCGGUCGCCGGUGGAGAAAAGCGGUUAGCCCCCAAUCUCGAAGCCAUCUGCCAGGACUUUCUUAUUAUGGGUAAAGGUCUGGUCAAGUCUGUCCAAACUGGAACCCUUCUGUUUCAAGAUGCAGUCUGAAAAAAAUCAAUCAAUUCUAAUAAACUCUUUAUCGACAACAACGGGCAAGCAAAAAACAAUUUUUCCAAUUAUCCAAUACUCGGUCUUGUUUUGUUUUUUUAUAGGAUAAUGAACAUCGUAGAAGCAGACCGAGCGUAUCCAAGGACGUAUUAGAAGCCGGAAAAUAUUGCGUUUCAAAAUUUUUAAUGGCCCAUUGGAAGAAGAAAGGGGGGAGACCAGUUUCUGUUAUUGUUUGCGAGUAGUUCCAGCCACUGCGUUUAUGUUCACGCUCGUGCGAGUUCAAAAUCAGUGCUCAGAUGUAACAAAGGUUUUUUUUUUUUUCAUUACGUGGUUCAAACAAUUCGACACAUUUGGCCUUCAGAAAAACACAUCCCAAGUGGUCAUUGGGCGUGGGUCCGUAGCCGCCGAAUUGCAAGUUGGGAAGAAAAAAGAAAACGAUUGUGGCAUUUUUCUUCUUUUUCUCACGGUUGGCUGGGUUAAUACGUCGCCACCGGUGAAUUGCCUACGUCAGUCUUUUUUUUUCCCCAAGACUUGUUAUUUGCUGACUUUGAAGUAAGACCACAGCCUUUGCUCUCUCAACAACUCCUUAACGCGUCAACCAUGUCAGCUAAUUGUAAACGCGUGAUGAACUUUUCUAACUUAUCUUUUUUCUUUCUCCCAAAAAUAGAAAAUGUAGGGGAUCGUUCGGGUAACUGCCGUCUUUAAAAAAAAAAUGUUGUAGGUGACACGGUGAAAUCGCAAGCAGGAAACCGGGCCUUUUAUGUGUUAGUGAGGAAGAUACUUUGCACGCAGUUCGGGAUAAUGGGGAAAAGUUAAACACCUGGUAUAGAUGGCGUUAGAAUCGGUCAAGAUCCUAAAUGCGUUCGUGAGGAAUUGCUUUUUUCGUUUUGUUAUUUCAUUUUUUACGACCAGGACGUGACGUGAAAUAAGCCCAUAAUGCAACCUCAACGAGAGGAGCUUGAUGAUGGGGACUUAAGGAGGCAGAGACUCUACCUCUCAAGGACUUUUAUUUUCACCUUUUUUACCAUGCUAAGCACAUACGGUCACAAACAUAAGUUUCUGAUGCCUUUCUUAUUUUUUUACUCUAUUUGCAGGCAUGAAACAGCACCUCCCUAUCCCUGCCUCCGUGCUGCUGCGUCUGUCAUUCUUCUUUGACAAAAAAAAAUAUCACAUUUUUUUUUUCUUAAAGUCAUUUGCAUUUACGAACGUUGUCAGAGUUCUUCAUCUCUCGAGAAGUUGUUAAAAUCGUUGAAAAAAGGGGUACGUAGGAUUAUUUAUAAAGGUAAACGAAUGGUGAGAAAAAUGCCAUCUCACUCGUUCCACGUAAACCCCUUGCACGGUGGGACCGGGGAAAAAAUUCAAUGCAACAAGGUGCUAAUUCAAUUUACCAGUCGGUGGAAACAAUU